AUGGCACAGUCUACAAUGGAGUCGGGAUAUGUGGGCAAUUUGGAUCCCAUGCAAGAGAAGAAACUUCAGCAAUUAUGGAAAAUUUUGCUGCAAUCAUGGAACGUGGAGAUUGCAGCCUUGGAGUCUGAUCAAGCAUCGUCGAUCUCUCCCCAAUCUGGCAGCAAAAAGAGUCGACGAGUCUUCUCCGUCAGUCGAUCACCGGUGCCGCCAACAGAGACAGAGCUCGCCAGAAUUCCAGCGAACCUCCUGGCCACAUUGGAAACACUUGGCGCAGGUCCAGUCGAAUUGAAAGCUGUCGGUUCGCUACUGGUGAAAGUGCCUGGAGACAAGCUACGAUCGGCGUUUUUGACACUCCUACGGCAAGACCAUCCAGAUGCAUUCUUAUUGCGCUUUUUGCGCGCUGAAAAGUGGGACGUUCCAAAGGCGUGGAUCAAGUUCGUGGCCUCUCUGUAUUGGCGUUCCUUCGAAUACAGGAUCGAUGAAGAGGUUCUUUCCAAGGGAGAGGAGUACAACUGGUUGAGAUCGCAAGAGGAAGCCGACACCGUCAGCAAAAAGGACGGCCAAAGUUUCAUGCACCAGCUCAAGGUUGGAAAGGGAUAUCUGCAUGGCUGCGAUAGAGCUGGUCGACCGAUAUGCUUUGUACGAGUCCGAACCCAUUACGCAGGCCAGCAGACUCAAAAAGGCCUGUUCGAUUAUAUUAUGCAAGGCAUCGAAACCGCGCGCUUGCUACAAGUUCCACCCGUCGAGUCAAUGGCGAUCUUGUUUGAUCUUACGGGCUUUGGUAUCUCGAACUGGGUAAACAAAGCUGUUUUUUACAAUUAUGUGCCUUUCUUUUUUUUCCCCUGUACUGACGAUGAGCUGCAGGAUUUUCCCCCGGUGAAAUUCAUUGUCGAAACAUUUCAAAAUUAUUACCCUGAAUCUCUCGGUGCAAUGAUCUUCUACAACCCGCCGUGGAUCUUUUCAGGGUUUUGGAAGAUCAUCAGCGGAAUCCUAGAUCCAGUAGUCGCGUCCAAGGUCCAUUCCAUUAGUGGUCCCAAGGAGCUAGAGAAACUCGUGCCUAGAUCCCAGAUUCUGAAGGAAUUUGGUGGCGAAGAGGAUUGGGAAUUCCAGUACAUCGAGCCUUCACCCAUGGAGAACGAAAGGAUGGAGGACACGGCGACCCGCGAUCUCAUCUUGUCCGAGCGACAGGAGUUGGGCGACAAGCUCUUUAGCUUAACCGCUCAGUGGAUCACACAAACAAACCACGAGUCCACUCUCCCACGUCGAAAUGAGGUGAUCUCAAGUCUGCGAGAAAACUACUGGAAGCUGGAUCCCUAUGUUCGCGCUCGCAAUUAUCUCGAUCGCACCGGUGUGAUCGGCGAGGGUGGAAAAAUAGAAUUUUAUCCCCGCAAAGUCUCCGCACAGGCUGAUGAGAAGUCGAUCGCGAUGACGGAGAGUGUGGCCGAGCAACCAGCAGCAGCAGCAGCAGCAAUAUCGGUCACCACAGCCUGA